CCCAAAAUGGGGACAAUCGUGCGCAUUGCCCAAAAUCAAGAGGACCCGUUAAGCCCAAGCCCAAUAGAGGCCACACAAUCCCCCCUCUGACAGCCAUGGCAGCUCGCUUUAGGAGGUCGAUCGGAGCUUUAUCGUCGUCGGCCACACAUAAAUGGACGGCCUGGAUUGAAACUAUCAGCCAUGGCGUAUUCAAGCGACGAUGGGCUUCUUCUACUACUCCUCCAGAGAGUCAGUUUCCUAAGAGUAAUAAUAAGAAAAUAAGUGAUCGUCUCUCCGGUGUUAUUGACGCCGUCAAUGACCGUAACCUUCCUCCUGAACUUCGUGGUCAACGUGACGCCGUUAGGUCAGAAACUGACAUUAUCAAUGUUGUUGAACAACGAAUAUGGCAUUCCAUGGAAGAAGGGCAAUUUGAGAACUUGCCAGGGAAGGGAAAACCCUUGGACCUCAGUACUAAUCCUCAUGCUGAUCCAGCUGAAGAUACCUUGUAUCGGAUUCUCUCCAGAAAUAGAUGUGCACCUGAGUGGGUUGAAUUGAACAAAGAGAUAAGAAACAAAGUAGCUGAGUGGAGGUCAGCACUUAAAAAGGCAUGGACACGCAGUGGCUCUGUCGGUGAUUCUGAAUGGAUCGAGGCAUCCGAGUCUUUAAAGCUGCAGAUCCGGGAUAUCAAUAACAAGGUUUUCCGGUACAACCUUAUUGUGCCCUUUGGCCGCCAAAUGUUAGGACUCAAUUGGGAGAAGGAAAUGAAUAGAUUGAAAGAAGAAAGUACAGGGAGCUGAACGUUCUCCGGGUCUCGUUGCUGGUAUAGUUUAUCACGUGAAAGUGGAAAUUUCUAUAUACGAGGGUGGUCUCUUGUGUUCUUGCUUCUUGGUUUCUUCUUUUUAGUUCCUAGUCCAGUGUAUUGGGAAUUUGCGUUUCUCAGUUUUUUGG